UGUGUUUGGUGGGAAGUUGGCAGCUGGUGGCUCUUACGGCGAAAGGCUUUUUCCUCCUCUCUUCUUCUCCGGCGCUUUUUGGACAGUGGAAUUAUGAGCAGAGCUGACCCAGCCUCUAUCACCCUGUCUUGAAUCCGUUCGUGUUUCCCACCCAGAGAGAGAGAGAAAGCGAGAGAGAGAGAAAAAAGAUUUUCUUUCGAACCCACCAUGGAGCUUGGAGUCCGCAUCCUCUUGGCUUUCCUCUUCCACCAGGUUGCCCACGUGGGUGGCCAAGAGGAUGGAGGCUAUGAGGGCUGCGUGCCUGGCUUCCAGGUGAAGCACUACCAGGUGGCCUACAGCGGACCCUUCCAGAAAGGCCAGCCGCUCACACAAGUUGAGUUCGAUGACUGUGCGGGGAACGAGGACGUGGCCUUCGACGUGUCGGAUCCCAGCUUCGGCGUGGACGGGGAUCUGAACCUGGUUCCUCGGCAGGACGUGGCGUACAGCGCGCCGGUCCUGUUCGUCCACGGGGUCAGCGCGCACGCCGACGACAUGGCGCAGGUGGACGUCACCGGACUGCCGCUUCCGUCGGCGCACACGCUCAGGGACGUCCUGGGUCUUGGCCAGAAGCUGCCGUACAGAUCCAAGAGAUCCCUGCUGGUGCCUCCGAUGAUCGUUACCGAGAACCAGAGAGCUCCCUUCCCCAGGAUCAUCGGCAGGUCUCAUGUGAUUUCGGCACAGAAGGUGGGGAACCAAAUCUUCCGACUGACGGGCCCCGGCGCCGACCAGGAUCCCAAAGGCCUGUUCACCAUCGACAUCGACACGGGAGACGUGUCAGUCAGCCGCUCGCUGGACCGGGAGGCCAUCGACUCCUACCUG